AUGGCCAGCGCCGGGGCACGGACGGCCGAGCGCUGCCGGCAGCUCCCCGCCUCCCUCCCCGGCCCGUCGCCGCCGCCGCCGCCAGCGCCCACGCCGCAAGAAGUUGAGAGUGGCAGCACCGGCAGCGCUAAGGUAAGCAGCUGCGCUCCGUUCCGCAGGAUGCUGCUCCUGCUACUGGCUUUCCUGGCCUCCGCGCUGGAUUCGGCGGCGGCGUACGGCACGGCGGAGACCCUGUGCGGCGGAGAGCUGGUGGACACGCUGCAGUUCGUCUGUGGGGACCGGGGAUUUUACUUCAGUAGACCAGUGGGACGAAAUAACCGGCGGAUCAACCGGGGAAUUGUGGAGGAGUGCUGCUUCCGGAGCUGUGACCUGGCUCUGCUGGAAACCUACUGCGCCAAGUCCGUCAAGUCAGAGCGCGACCUCUCCUCCACCUCCCUGGCAGGUCUGCCAGCGCUCAGCAAGGAGAGCUUCCAGAAGCCCUCGCACGCCAAGUACUCCAAGUAUGACGUGUGGCAGAAGAAGAGCUCCCAGCGGCUGCAGCGGGAGGUGCCCGGCAUCCUGCGGGCUCGCCAGUACCGGUGGCAGGCGGAGGGGCUGCAAGCAGCCGAGGAAGCCAAGGCUCUGCACCGUCCCCUCAUCUCCCUGCCCAGCCAGCGGCCCCCGGCAGCACGAGCCUCCCCUGAAACGGCUGGCCCCCAAAAAUGA